GCGGGGUGCUCGAGUCCAUCCGCCUGCUGGAUGCUCGUGCCCUGGACUUAGGGGUCUUGGAACCAGAGUCAUGUUCGUUAUCGGUUGCGGAGAGCAGAACCUUUCGGGACCGCGUCGACGUCGAAGGCAUGGUCUUCCUUCCCCUGUCACCAUAUCGGGACGACCCUGUCCAAGGUCUCUGCGCGCGAAACGUGGAGUCCGGCAGGAUGAAGCCAAUGGUCGCGCUGAAACAGACGUCUUUACGAUAAAGGAACGUCGCAGGGGGGAUAUCUUGAAUAAUUCGACCGAUACGGGUUGGUAUGCGUCGUCCGCCUGUUGUUUUGUACAGAGCGAGCAGGAGUGAAUUGGUUGCGGAUCAACUUCGUCUUUUUAACUUCCUUAGGGCGCCUCCAAGUAUCGCGCUACUGCAAUCCCCGUGCAGAGUGACAUCUUGUGUGUGGGGGAUGGGAUAUUGGCGCUCGUCCGAGCAAGAUCACAAAGGGUUAUCGUCGGUUCAUCGCUCUCAACCUUUGCCCGCUGUGGUUUGCUCCCCGCCGCAGCUUUUGCCGCCGCAUAUUUAUAAACUCCGAUUGAUUCCUCUCGCCGAAGACCAUUCAUUCAUUAACUAACUACCUUAACACAUGCUUCUCAUAGGAUAACUGCAUCUGUAUUUAUAGGCCCCUUCUCAACGCUGUACUAACUGGAUAUUUGUUGUUCUUUCGAGCUUGACUCUUUAGCCCUGGUAUUUAAACUAGUUACGUCACCUAGUUAUAACUAUCAUCCAAAACAAACUGCCCACGCAAUACCACCGAUAAAACCAUCUCCGCUGUUGUACAGCCACCAUGUCUCCAAUCGCCACCGAGAAUGCUGUUGCAGGCUCUGCUCAACCUGCAAAGACAAGCCAGAAGUCCACCUCCGCACCAGCUGCGCCAUUCGACCGUUCCCGGUUCCAUGCCUCCUCGACUACCGCGGCAAUCGAUGCAGAGCAUCAAUAUGCUGCCCAUAACUACCACCCGCUGCCUAUCGUCUUCGCCCGCGCCGCCGGUACUACCGUCUGGGAUCCCGAGGGACGCUCCUAUCUCGAUUUCCUCUCCGCCUACUCCGCCGUUAACCAGGGCCACUGCCACCCGGAGUUGGUCAAGGUGUUGGUUGACCAGGCUUCUACCCUGACCCUGAGUUCCCGUGCUUUCUACAAUGAUGUAUUCCCCAAGUUUGCGGAAUUUGUGACCAAGUUCUUCGGGUUCGACAUGGUCCUACCCAUGAACACGGGUGCUGAGGCUGUGGAGACUGGUAUCAAGAUUGCCCGGAAAUGGGGCUACAAAACCAAAGGCAUUCCUCACAACGAGGCCAUUGUAUUGAGCGUGGAGAACAACUUCCAUGGACGCACUUUUGCGGCAAUAUCAAUGUCAUCUGACCCAGAAUCAAGGGAUAACUAUGGUCCUUACUUGCCACUCAUCGGCAGCAAGAUCCCAGGCACAAAUAAACCCAUCCCAUUCAACGACAAAGCCGCGCUGCGUGAGGCAUUCGAGAAAGCAGGGCCAAAUAUUGCCGCGUUCCUAGUCGAGCCGAUCCAGGGUGAAGCUGGCGUCGUCGUGCCGGACGACGACUACCUCAAGGAAGCCAGAGCUCUCUGCGACAAGCACCGUGCCCUCCUCAUCUGUGACGAGAUCCAGACCGGCAUCGCCCGAACCGGUAAGCUACUCUGCCAUGAGUGGAGUGGUAUCAGACCAGACCUCGUCCUCCUUGGCAAAGCGAUAUCCGGCGGCAUGUACCCCGUGUCCUGUGUCUUGGGCAACAAGGAAGUCAUGCUUACAAUCGAGCCGGGUACGCACGGCUCGACAUAUGGUGGCAAUCCACUGGGGUGCGCCAUCGCCAUUCGCGCAUUAGAACUCAUCCGAGACGAGAGGAUGGCCGAACGGGCGGAGAAGCUUGGCCAUCAAUUCCGUGCUGGGAUGGCUGCUAUAGAUAGUCCCAUGAUUCAGACAGUUAGGGGUAAAGGGCUGUUGAAUGCCGCCGUCAUCGACGAGUCUAAGACUGGCGGGCACACUGCGUGGGAUCUUUGCAUGUUGAUGAAGGAAAAGGGAUUAUUGGCGAAACCAACACACCAAAACAUCAUCCGCUUCGCACCACCACUGGUCAUUACGGAAGAGGAGCUCAAAAAGGCACUGAGCAUCAUCGAGCAAUCCGUCAAGGAGCUGCCAACCAUGAAGAGUGCGUAAGUUCGACCCUGCAAAACUCGCCACUCUCGAUAUCCCCCAAUUGAAACCAGAAAAGAAAAAUAACGAUAAGGAAAUUGCAAUGAAUGUACUGUACAAAACGGCCCCUGCAGAAGCUGUUUUCACGCAAGUAACGUUUUACGAAUAACCACUUGAUGAGAUUCCCUUCUGUCACCCCCUUUUUCUCCCCCUUUUCUCCCCCUCCCCCCCUCAAUUUUGCCUACAAGUUUAUCAAGCGUUACGACACACUCUACUCUAGCAUAUAUGUGUAUAUGGAGACACCCCCCUUUGCAUUUUAAUGAAAAUAAAAAGUGGCAAAUGUUUCCUUUUCUCCUUCUUGAGGCGGUCCUCUUGCUUUAAACCGGCAUUUGGUGGGCGGGUUUGCGCGGUGGUUUAUGUUUGUAGCAAUUGCAUCGUGGGACAGCGGUAACUUGUGUGUAUGAGAUUACGGCUUUUCUUAUCUCCUGUUAUUUCGCUGCAAAGCAACUUUUUCUCUCCCUUGGUAUAUGGGUGACUGCGGUGGUGGUAUGCGCCUUGCAGAUUAUUAUUAGGUAUUUUAUUAUUGUACGGUUUUAUUAUAUUUCGAAGGCUUUGCGUGAGCAUAUGGGACCAUCUAUUUGUUUUGUUGUAACAACAUAGGUUAAUACCCAGGCUCCAUG